CUCAGGCAUUCACCCAGUAUUAUUUAAGGGCUUUCUCUCUAGGAAUCAUCUCUGCUCCGGUCUUGCUAGAGAUUAAGACACAGAGAAUUUUAAGGAAGCAGUUGGGAAAUUCUAUCCAAAAAUGUUUUGUUUUGUUAUUCUGUUUUUUGCUCUCUGUUAUUCUUCAUUUACUCAAAACACAGAUGAGUAUGAUGAUCUCUUCUUCCUGAAUUUUGAUAAUGAAAUAGAAAGUGUAAUUCCUGCAACUGAAGAAACCAUUUCAUGUGAUUGUCAGCGAGAACACACAGAAUGGGACAAGCUCUUCAUUAUGCUUGAGAAUUCCCAGAUGAAGGAAAACAUGCUGCUUGAGUCUCUGGAUGAAGUCCUUAAGGUGGAGCUGCAGAUGCUGAGAGUAGAAAUGCUGCAGUUUGUGAAAAACUUUGCUGGCACAUGCACCACAUAUCUCGAGAAAACAACCUCUCAGUUCUGGAGCCAAAUGGACCAGAUGAUAACAAAGGGGAGAGUUUCUGGAGGUAGGUCUGGGAUGCUUCAUGAGAUCAAGCAAGAAAAGAUUCUCCAAGACAUUCUGCAAUUAAACCAAAAUCUUUCCAACCGACUCAGCCAGCUUGAGCAUGUCUGGCAGUGGAGAGCUGAAGAGGGUGAUCAGCGGAGCCAUUCAUCAGAGGAAGGUAGAGUCGGCUACAUAAUGCAUGGAAGCAAUUUCAUGUUGAAGUCACUGUGGCAAGAGCUGCAGGAAACAAAAGCUGAACUAAAAGAAUCUCGGAAGAAGACCACGAAGCCUUCAUUACCAGCUGGUUGUGAAACAGUUAUUUUAUUCCCAAUGCGUUCUAAAAAGAUCUUCAUGAGUGUUCAUCCAACUGGUGAGAUGGCACUCUUCUCCUUCACUGCCUGCACAUGGGUUAAGGUAACUGAAGCGUUGGACAAAACUAUUGUAUUCUCAUAUGGAACAAAGAAUAAUCCCUAUGAAAUUCAGCUUUAUCUGAACUAUGACUCUGUGGUUCUCGCCGUAAAAAGUAAUUUCAACAAGAUAUCUGCCCCAAAGUUAAUUUCUUCUGGAGAGUGGACUCACAUCUGUAGUACUUGGGGUUCAGUCAAUGGAACUGUAUCUUUAUGGAUAAAUGGAAAGGUUGUGGUCACCUCUUCAGAAAUAGCUGAAGACCACAUCAUCCCAGAUGGUGGAAUUUUGCAGAUUGGCCAGGAAAAGAAUGGCUGCUGUGUUGGAGGCGGUUUCAAUGAAUCUUUAGCUUUUUCUGGAAAAAUAACUGGCUUUAAUAUUUGGGACCGAAUCCUCAGUGACAAAGAGAUAAUAAGACAAUCUGAAGAAGAUGCAUGUAAUAACCGGGGCAACAUAGUGGGCUGGGGAGUUACAGAGAUUCUGCCUCAUGGAGGGGCUCAGUAUGUUUUUAGCCCCUGAAUUAAUGUUCUUCAAAACUCUAUAUAAAAUCAAACCAAUAAACAGAACUUAUAAAAUCUGAAUAUAUAUACAUAUAUUUAGAAUUGGUCCAUGAUACAGUUUCCACAGGAAAAACAGAGGUAUAAACAACACUCAGAAGCCAGUUAUCUCUGCUUCACACAAGAAACUUUGAAUGAGGCUUCACAUGGCAAGAAGCCUUUGGAUGACUGCCAUGGCUACUACUAUAAGCCAAUAUCUCUGCUCUCCAGAUUCCGUAAAAAAGAACAGCGCUGUCAUAAAUGGGAGAUAGCUCUCCACAAAUGGUUAUAGCUGCUUUCAGAACAAGUGCUUGCUAAGCCAGUAAAAUGAAUUUUAUCCACAUGAAAUCUCAUUCAUAGAGAAAUCAUGUAUGUAGGACAUAAUUUAAAAUUGCUACCAUAAUGAAAGCUAAAAUAUACAUACAG